UCCUCGUCGUCCUCGGCAUCGCCACAAAAUGACAUGCCAUGGCCGAAGGCACCAAAAGGCCAUACACACCCGACACCAUAUCAGAUCCUCUCGACCACCGAAUCUGAACCAUACAGCAAACGUCGUUUCUAUGAACUGGUGAAAUUAUACCAUCCCGACUCUGGCGCCUGUGAAAAGCACCAUCAUCACCAUAGCGUGCCACAACCCUUGCGUCUUGAACGUUAUCGUCUGGUCGUGGCCGCUCACACCAUUCUCUCAGACCCGGAUAAACGCAAGAUGUAUGAUCGAUUCGGCGCUGGCUGGAGCGGUGUCCCUAGCACAGUUGGUGGUAAACCUGGAUCAGAUACACCCGCCGGUCCGUUCAGCGGCUGGCGCCAUCAUUCAGACCCCAACAUCUGGGGCAAUGCGACCUGGGAGGACUGGGAGCGUUUCUAUGCUCGUCGGGAUGGUAUGGCUCAGCAACCACGAUAUCUAUCAAACGGCAACUUUGUCUUGUGCGUCAUUCUGCUCGCAAUGAUAGGUGCUUCUCUGAACCUCAGCCGGGCAGAGUCUGAGGGUGACAGAGUCGUGGCAGCAAGGGAUCUGGUACAUGACCGCGCGAGCAAGGAUUUGAGACGCGUCCGUCAACUAUCUGAAAACAGACCCAAGGAAGAGCGUAUCCAGUUCUUCAUCAGGCAAAGAGAGGCUACUAUGCAUGGCAUUGGCGUUGAAAGCCUUAGAGACGACAAGGUAGCAAAGUUAUUACCCGAGCAGGAGACCUGUUUGAGCGACGAGUUGCGC